GCCCUUGAGGUUGGGCGAUUGCCCGCUCCAUUUGAAAUCUGUCGGGCGUUAUCGUCAGGACCAUGCAACACAAGCUCCAGUUUGUGCUCUUAACUUUGAGUAUGUCCUAAUUUCUAUAUAACACAACACAUAGCCUUUCUUGAUAUUUACGCUUGUCAGACUUGUAGUUCCGGAAUUGGUGGUCAAACGACAAGCCCACUCUUGGAGUCUCCAAUAUGCGACCUUUGCAAGAAACUUACGCACGACCUGAACGAAUUGGCCUUCACUGAGGAUGCUAAAACGGCUAUCAAAAGCUUGAUUCACCUUAUCUGUGGGUGGAUUCCGGGUGAAAAUCAGUGUGAACAAAUUUUGACUUCAAUAUAUGAUUACCUGGACGAACAACAUAAAAAAUGUCAUCCAGAAAGGCUGUGUACUCUUUUGCAUCUUUGUCCACGGGAUGAUAAGUGUGAACUCUCGGAAACAGAACCAGUCCGCUGUGAUACAUGUAUCAGAACAGUUGAAGCGCUUGUGAAGUUGAUGGAAGAACCGUAUUUCCGCAAAAUGCUUGUUACAUUAAUGGGGGAGAUGUGUGAAUCCGUCCCAGAAAAGCACCUGAAAACGAUGGCGGCUCUAACCAAAUGGUUUCCUUUAUUUCAACAGUGCACCCUAUUCGUUAAUGAACGCCUAGAAGAGUGGCUAGCCAAAGUGGCUCAGUUCGUGGUUCCUUCUGCACUGUGUCAAGUGAUAGAUUUGUGUUCAAUGCCCCAGAAGCAGAUGCUAUUCAGUCCAGAUCCAACUGAUUUCUGCGGCAUAUGCAUGCGGUCCGUUUCGCAGUUGAAGAUUUUUCUCGCAAACGAAGAUGCUGUCUCCGCUGUCCGACGAGCCAUGGAGCAGAUUUGCCAUCUCACACUGGUUUACAGUUCUCAGUGCUCGAAAUUCACCCACAAUUUGCUGGACGGCUUGGUAAAGGAUAUUACUACCUUAAGUGAAACUGAAUUCUGCCAAAAAAUCCAUAUGUGCUCAAAUUGAUACUCAACAAGGCCUCCAUUUCUAGAGAAGAAUUGGGACUAACAUAUUCUGAAGGUAUUCUUAAUCACCAGACGAUUUGUAUGUUUCUAUGACGUUUUGUACGUUAUUUUUGGCGCCAAUCCUAUGUUCUUGUUUAGCUGUGCUUACUGACUGACAGUGUGGUAAAAUUCUUGUGUCAUUGACUUCAAUUUGUCACAUCAACUUGUUUUUGUUUUCUUCUGCUUGAAAAAUACUUAUUCGUCUAUUAUGAGUGUUUAUGAAUGGUGUCAUCUCUGAUUGUACUGGUUUUCCUUCAACGCGCCGAAUUUAUGCCAAAUAAAUUUUGUCUCUUCU